GUAUAGUCGCAUAAUUAGAUGAUAAAAAAUUGUUCAUUAAUAAAAAUGCAUUUUUUAGGUUAAAAAAAAUAAUUUUGGCAUAACUACCAUCAUAUUAAGUUAAAAAUAUUUUAUUUUAUUUUAGAAAUAAUAAAUAAAUAAAAAGGGAAUAGUAUUAACAAUAUAUUUUCCUUUUAUGAUAUUCUACAUAUACAAAUAUAUAAAAUAGAAAAGAUUAAUAAUUAAAAUUGGUUAAGGAACUGCAGACUUUGAAGAAAUAUAUAUUUAUAAUGUAUAAUCUUAAGAAGAAAAAUAAAUAAGUAAUGCCUUGCUUACUAAUAUAUUUAUUUAUUUAACUUAAUUAUUGGCUUUAUUUUUGACUAUAUAUUUCUGUAUUUUAGGAAAAGCAGAGAUUUAUUAUUUAAUGACUUAAUAUGAAAAUACACCGGAAUAAUCAGAUAGGUAUGUUUUAUUAUUUAAAUAUAUAUAUUCUAUUCAAAAUUAUUAGAGAUUAAAUGAAUGAAAUAAAUAAUAAAUUACCUUAAUUAAAUAGUAUUAUUGCUCUUAAUUCAUUAUGUAUAAUUUAAAUUAUUAUUUCUACUUUAGAUAAUUUUAUAUCCGUUAUUAUUUAAGCAAAAGAAAAUUAAAAUAAAAAGGAUAUUAAAUGUGUUAAUUGAUUUAAUAUAUAAAAUUUAACAAAAAAAUCAGUUAAAAAUAUAUCCAUCAUAAAAACAUUAUUUUAUUUAUAUAAGUUUUGUUUUAAAAAUUAUAUUACGUAAAACUUAUUUGAAUUUAUAAAA